AUGCUGGAAAACUAUAGUCACCUCGUAUCAGUGGGUUAUUGUGUGACUAAGCCAAAUAAGGUCUUCAGGUUGAAGCAAGGAAAAGAGCCAUGGAUAUUAGAAGUAGAAUUUCCACGUCAGGGCUACCCUGGGGACCUGUGGGAUAUUGAUGACCUAGGAGCAAAGUACCAAAAAAACCAAGCUGAAAAUUCAAGGAAUGGCAAACUCUCAAAACAUCAGAAAACUCAUACAAGAGAGAAAACCUGUGAAUAUAAUGAACGUGGAAAGUCCCUUGUGGUACAUCCACAUUCAGAGGACAAACCAUGUGAAUGCAGGAAAUCUUUCUCUAGGAAUGAAGAUGUCACAAUACAUCAGAAAAUUCACACUAGAAAGAAAACCUACGAAUGUAAAGAAUGUGAGAAAACCUUCUACCACCUGUCAUCUCUCAGUAGACAUUUGAGAACUCAUGUAGGGGAGAAACCCUAUGAAUGUAAUCAGUGUGAGAAAGCAUUCUACCAGAAGCCACACCUCAUGGAACAUCAGAAAACACACACAGGGGAGAAACCUUAUGAAUGUAAGGAAUGUGGGAAGUUCUUCUAUGUGAAGGCAUACCUUAUUGUACAUCAGAAGAUACACACUGGGGAGAAACCCUAUGAAUGUAAGGAAUGCAAGAAAGCCUUUUCCCAGAAGUCACACCUCACAGUACAUCAGAGAACACACACAGGAGAGAAACCCUAUAAAUGUAAGGAAUGUGGAAAAUCCUUCUCUAGGAAUACACACCUCAAAACCCAUCAGAGAACUCACACAGGAGAAAAACCCUAUGAAUGUAGUGAAUGUAAAAAAUCCUUCUACCAGAAGUCAGCCCUGACAGUACAUCAGCGAACUCACACAGGAGAGAGACCUUUUGAAUGUAAUAAAUGUGGAAAAAACUUUUAUUAUAAAUCAGACCUCACUAAACAUCAGAGAAAACACACAGGUGAGAAGCCUUAUGAAUGUCAGGAAUGUGGUAAAUCAUUCUCUGUGAAUUCAGUCCUUAGAUUACAUCAGAGGACUCACACAGGGGAGAAACCCUAUGAAUGUAAUGAAUGUAGGAAAUGCUUCUCUCAGAAGUCACAUUUUAUCAUACAUCAGAGAAAGCACACAGGAGAAAAACCCUAUGAAUGUGAGGAGUGUGGGAAAACCUUUAUCCAGAGGUCAAAACUCACAGUACAUCAAAAGACACACAGAGGGGAAAAACUAUUCAAAUGUAAAACAUGAGAGAAAUCUUUCUUUCAGAAGUCAAGCCUUAUUAUGCAGCACAGAUAUCAAACAGGAGAGAGAUCCUACCAGUAAAGUGAAUGUCAGAAAACUUUCAUUUAG